UCGAUGUAAAUUACGUUGUAUGUGUUAUUUUUGAUCUUGAAUUCAUCAUUAGUGUAGUUUCCUGGUCUUUGUGUUUGUUGGGUUCUGUUUUUGGUUGUGUGGUUUGUGAUGUUUUGAGAUUGUGAUUGAUGAUUUUACGAAGGGAUGACAACCAGAUGGCACUGCUGACUGACUGAUGAUGUUUUGUUUUGAAUUUGUCAAAUCACAAAUGUUUCGCAGGACGUUGUUUAAAAUUUGUUUUUUUGUGGUAUAAUUAUUAGAUUAAUUGGUGAAAUUAUGUUCCGUACACGUUAGAUUUUAGUUGUUCUUUCAAAAUUUUAAUGUGGUUUGGUCUAAACACGAUCACAAGUGGUGUUAUUUUAAAAUUUUGUGCUUUGUUUUGAUGGCGGCUGUGAAAUGUGUCGUGCCGUCUUGCCUCAAUGUUUUUACCGGAUCAGUGAAGUUUUUUGGGGUCCCUUCUGCUGGAAGCAAUUUCUUCAAAAAAUGGUGCCAGUUUAUGGAACUCUCUGGCCAUGGCAAGGAGAAAAUUUGCCAAGCUCACUUCCGGGACAGCAAUUUCAUUUGCAAAACGCGCCAAGUUCUCAAGAAUUCCGCAGUUCCACCAUCGAACAUACUAAAACAUAUUCCUUCGAUUGAUAAGGGGCAAACAUGCUGUGUUGCCGGAUGCCGUACAAGAGCUAAAUCCGCUCUCUUACCAUUUCCCUCCAAAGCUAAAUCUAAACAGCUGAAGCUAUGGAAACAAUCACUGGGCAUGAAUCCUACUGACGCUGUUACUGGAAUGAGAAUUUGUCGACGUCAUUUCGCAGAAGUUGACUUAAGGACAGUUAAAUUCAUGUACCUCAAGCCAAAUGCUGUACCCAGCCGUAAGGUGAAGAAGCUCGUCGAACAUCCCCGCCUCCUAAUCCCUAGUACGGCUCCGUUGCCUCCGGCUCUACGGGAUCAUACGUACAGCUAUCGCCGUUUCGUAGCUAAAAGCAGAAGGAUGUGUGCUGUUUAUGGAUGUAGUUCGCGAGCAGGUAAUGGUAUCUCUCUGCACAGUUUUCCACCGAAGAAUGAUAAGCGGUAUAAGGCAUGGAUAUCAGCAUUGAAGUUCGGAAAAACACCAUCGAAGAACGCUAAAGUGUGCAAUUUACACUUUACUGGAGCAAAUUAUUAUCUAGGAGGCAAGCACCUUAAGGCAGAUGCUAUACCAACUAGGAAGCUUCCAAAGGUUCAUCGGUUUCAAAAUGAAGAUGCGUAUACCUCUUUCCGAAAAGAAAAGACGGACAGGAGUGAUUGUGAGCAUGGAGCGGAAAUAAACCCUAGCGAUACCACGUCAAGUGAUGACCCUGCUGAGAUGGAUAACAUCAGCCAUUCUACAGAACACCCAUCCAUUUUGGAACCAGAGCGAUUAGCUUUAACCGAUACCGAAAUAUCCCAUACAAAUGUGAUCAAGCGUUCAAUCGUCCCUGAUUCGUUCACAACAGCCAGCCAAUCGUCGAGUAUUGAUGCCAAUGGAAAAACCAAUCCUCUAGCCCAUCUGAACCAGAGACAAUCGAACCAAUCCGAACAAAAAAACGAUCUGGAGUUGAAACUACGUCCUAAUAAUGACUCCGAGCUUGUAAAACAGUUCGGAGAAACUUGGUAUCCCCUAGAAAAGCAGUCAAAAGACUUCAGCUGCCAGGUGGUAGCACAAGAUCUGAAAUCACGUGAUAUGAUUCUCCCGGAUCUACUUAUCACUGAUCAAGACGUUAAUACUUGGACUGGCCUUCCAAGUCUUGAACUCCUACAAGAAAUUUGCUGUUCCGUGCAGAAGCUAGAAACGGUGUAUCCACGAAAAUGGGCGAUGCAUCCUACAGAUCGUGUAAUCCUCACAAUGGCUAAGAUUAAGCAAAAUUUAUCGUUUGCUGCAUUGGGUACCCUGUUUCGUAUUCAUUCUGCAACAGUAGCUCAAUAUUUUUCUCAUACCGUACAUAUGCUGGCUGAAAUUCUUUCUACGUUUGUGUACAUGCCAGAGAAAAAAGAAAUUAAACAAAAUAUUCCCUUGUGUUUUCGAGAACAUUUUUCUAAUGUUACAAUAGUUCUAGACUGUACGGAGACACCAAUUGCAACAUUAAAGUGUCUUAAUUGCCGAAUUUACACCUACUCACAGUACAAAUCAACGCGGACGGCAAAGUUUCUGAUCGGGGUUACUGGACCAGGGCCAGCUGGACCUAAUAUCAUAUUGCAGUAAUGCUUAUUCGGGAAAAGCUUCCGAUAAAUUUAUUUUUAAUCAUGGUAAGCUAAUCGAACAGCUCAAACCGCAUAUCGAUGAAGUAAUGACUGAUAAGGGUUUUGCCAUCGAUACCGAAUUGUCAACAAGAGGAAUAAAAUUACAUAUUCCACCAUUCUUGCGUAACAAUCGUCUAUCACCUAGUGAGGCACAUUUAAAUGAAGCAAUCGCCAAAGCUCGUAUCCACGUGGAAAGAACUAUUCAGAGAAUCAAAAUUUUCGCAAUUAUUCAUGACACGCUCGAUGCAAAUAUCUUAGGUGAAAUUGACGACAUAAUGUCAAUAAUAUGUGGAAUAGUCAACUUGAGCAACCCAAUUUUACGCGAUGAUAAGUUUUAAAAUGUUAACACUUAAGCCGUUGGUUUGUUUUGAAUAGUUUGUUUUUAAAUAAAUAAGAAUUGUUGUCUCCAAA